AUGCCAGUCAACCAGCCCGCCAAGGGCGUCCCCUUUUACACACCCGCUCAGGAGCCCGCGCCGGCGCCGUCGCCGCCGGCAUCGACGUCAUCGAGAUCCACGCCGCCCACGGCUACCUCCUCACCGAGUUCCUCUCGCCCCUGUCCAACGCGCGGACGGACCGCUACGGCGGCUCGUUUGAGAACCGCACGCGCAUCCUCGUCGAGAUUCUCGGCGCCGUCCGCGCUGUCGUCCCCGACGGCCCUGCCCCUCUUUGUCCGCAUCUCCGGCACCGAGUGGAUGGAGCACGCCGGACGCCCGUCCUGGGACCUCGACGAGAGCAUCCGCCUCGCCAAGCUGCUGCCGGGCCUCGGCGUCGACCUCCUCGACGUCUCCUCGGGCGGCAACAGCGCCGACCAGAAGAUCGACAUUCACCCCUACUACCAGGUGUCGCUGGCCGAGCGCAUCCGCGCCGCGCUCGAGGAGACGGCAAGGCGCUGCUCGUCGGCGCCGUCGGCAUGA